CAUGCAUAUAUUGCCCCAUAAAAAACUAGCCAUCGCCUUGUGUUAGUUUUAUUUAUUUAAGCAUCAACAUGCCAAGAGAACGUGAACCUCUGGUAGUUGGUCGAGUGAUAGGGGAUGUAUUGGACCCUUUCACAAGAUCUAUUGGCCUAGGAGUUAUUUAUAGGGAUAGAGAAGUUAAUAAUGGGUGUGAGCUUAGGCCUUCCCAAGUUAUUAACCAGCCCAGGGUUGAAGUUGGUGGAGAUGACCUUCGUACCUUUUACACUCUGGUUAUGGUGGACCCUGAUGCUCCAAGUCCAAGUGAUCCAAAUCUAAGAGAAUACCUCCAUUGGUUGGUCACUGAUAUUCCAGCUACCACAGGUGCAAGUUUUGGCCAGGAAAUUGUGUGCUAUGAAAGUCCAAGGCCAACAAUGGGAAUACAUCGCUUUGUAUUCGUAUUGUUUAGACAAUUGGGUCGACAGACAGUGUAUGCUCCAGGAUGGCGUCAGAAUUUCAAUACAAAAGAUUUUGCUGAACUCUAUAAUCUUGGUUUACCAGUUGCUGCUGUCUAUUUUAAUUGUCAAAGAGAGAGUGGCAGUGGUGGACGUAGAAGGUCUGCCGAUUGAUGACAUGCACUUUUAAUAUCCUUUUUAAUCACUCUACCAAUAGAGAUAUGAGCUUUGAUUGGAAAAGAAAAGAAAAAAUGUUUAAAAACUUGUGUGCAACAAAAUGGCACAUUAGCUUAACCAGCAAUAUUGCCAUACAUCUGUAGUUGUACUUUCUAUUACUGCAUAAUAUAAUGCCUGUCUUGUCUAAUAAUUACCAGCUGAAGUUGAUUUUAG